GCGGCGAUCGGUGGUUUUCAGUUGGGGAAAUAGAGGCUGUUUAGGCAAAUUGGUGUCGAAAAUGCAAAGUGCUGAUCACGCGGAGAAACGCUGCAGACGUGAGGAAGAUAUAACCCCCGAUCUGCUGUACCUUGUGGCCAAAUUCUUGGAUUCAAGUGACUGCAAGCGAUCAGCAAAGGUUCUCUUCGAGGAAAUCCGACAUCUGAAGUUGGUACCGGAUCGCUAUGAUUGGCUAGGUAACAGACAUGAACGAACUUUGGAAGAAUGGGACCGCCUGCACCCGCACAUCGGCGGCCACACGUUGCUGCGGCUAUGUGGCAACCUGCUGCCGCUGCUGGACCGGGUGGCGCCCAGCAGCGUGGCGGGCGUGCACUCGCUGCUGGGCGCCGGAUCCAACUCCGCCCUGCGCACCGAGCCAGGGGGUCAUCUGCGCCACCUGACGGUGGACCGGGUGGUGGCCCGUAUCGGCGGCCGCACUCUGCUCGACCCGCUAAGCCUGCGCCACCCGCCCACGCUGCCGGUGAGCACGCUGGGCCGGGAGAUGCAGGGCUCCUGUUGGCGGCGGCACCUAGUCACCGAGCGGCUCUUCUGCCGCAUGCAGCUGCUGAAGCGCACACUGGGCCACCUGUCGGCCGUGUACUGCUGCCUCUUCGACCGCACUGGCUUCAACAUCGUCACGGGCGCUGAUGACCGUCUGGUGAAGGUGUGGUCGGCGCUAGACGGCCGGCUUCUGGCGACGCUGCGCGGCGCCGCCGCCGAGAUCUCCGACCUGGCUAUCAGCCCCGACAACACGCUGCUGGCGGCCGGCAGCUGUGACAAGGUCAUCAGAGUCUGGGACCUGCUCACCACCGCACCGGUGGCAGUGCUGUCGGGACACGGCGGCAUGAUCACGGCGCUGGACUUCUGUCCGGGUCCGCUGGCGCACCAGCGCUUCCUGGCGUCCACCUCCAACGACGGGUGCGUGGCGUUCUGGAGCUACCGCGGCCGAGCCGGCGCCGACGGCGUCCAGUUCGCCAGCCGACCGGUCAAGGUCAACGAGCGCGUGCGGCCGGGCCAGGCGCAGCUGAUCUGCGCCGCCUUCAGCGUCGGCGGCACGUUCCUGGCCAUCGGUGGCGCCGACCAUCACGUCAGGGUGUACUGCACAACGGGCGUGGACGGACCGGAGCGAAUCCUGGAGCAGGAGGCGCACACCGACCGGGUGGACAGCAUCCAGUGGUGCCACUCGGGCUGCCGCUUCAUCUCCGGCUCCAAGGACGGCACGGCCAUCGUGUGGUCGUUCGAGCGCCAGGAGUGGGCGCAGCGCAAGCUCACCAUGGACCGACGGCCCGAGUUCCGGGAGCCGCACGAUGACGGCCGUCAGCGUCCUCUGCGCGUCACCAUGGUGCGCUGGACCACCGACGACUCCCGCGUCAUCACCACCGUCAGCGACACCAGCUUCAGAGUGUGGGAGGCCGAUACGGGCCGCCUGCUGCACGUGCUGGCCGGCCACACGGACGAAGUGUACGUAGUGGAGAGCCACCCGACUGAGCCGCGCCUGGUGCUCAGCGCCGGCCACGACGGCAAGCUGCUUGUCUGGGACGUGCUCGAGGGAACCGUGCUCGCCUCGUUCUUCAACGCCAUUGAGGGCGAGGGCCACGGCGGCCUGUUCGACGCGCGCUGGUCGCCCUGCGGCCUCUUCAUCGCCGCCACCGACUCGCACGGCCACCUCUCACACUUCGGCGUCAGCGGCAGCGACAAAUUCAGAAAGGUGCCGUACGAGCAGUUCUUCCACACGGAUUACCGGCCGCUGAUGCGGGACGCGCGGCACCAGGUGCUGGACGAGCAGACACAGAUGGCGCCGCACCUGCUGCCGCCUCCGCUGCUGGUGGACCGCGACGGCAACCCGCAGCCGGCCGCCUGCCAGCGACUCGUGCCCGGCCGCGAGGGCCAGACCGAGGAGCAGCUGCUGCCCGUCCUGCAGCCCGUCAACGUGGAGGAGGAUGACGAGGUGGAUGUGGAGGAGCUGGGUCCUGACGCCCGGCAACGCCGCCCCACUAUUGACGACAUGAUCGAGCGGCUGGAGGUGGAGCAGGCGCUCCGUGAGACGGCGGAGGCUGAGGUGGCCGGCGCCGCCGGGGACGGGCCGGCGGCGGACGCGGACUGGCGGCACCGGCGGGUCGUGCCCAGGCUCACCGAGCGUCAGCAGCAGCGGCAGCUGGAGCAGAGACGCCUGCAGGCCGAGCAGGAGACGCAGCACUACGAGGCCGAGCUGCAGAAGCCGCGGCGGCCGCCGUCGCCGCCGCGCGUCACACGGGCCGCCCGCACCGCGCGCGCACCCUUCAGCGAGGACUUCGAGAACCCGGACAACCUGUCGCUGGGGGAGGACACGCCGCACUCGUCGUCCGGCUCGUCCGACUCGGAGCCGGAGCCGGAGCCGCCGCGGCGCACCGACGACAGCGAGUCGAGCGAGUACUCCGACUGGGUGGCCGAGUCGGGGAUCGCGCUCAACCCGCCGCAGCGGCAGCCGAAGCGGCUGACGGCGGCGAGAGCGUCCUCUGGCGGUGGUGGCGGCAGCGGCGCUGGAGAGUCGGUGGCCGGGCCGGCUGCCCCCCGGUCUGAGUCCGUCGAGCCGUACGCGCCCUCCACCUGGCUGUCCGAGGUGCUGCCCAGGAAGACGCCCUACUUCCCGCAGAUGGGUGACGAGCUGAUUUACUUCCGCCAAGGCCAUCAGCUGUACGUGGAGGCCGUGCGGCGGCGCAAGAUUUACGAGAUCAGCGCCAAGAGCCUGCCGUGGGCCAAGCAGCCGCUGAGGGACCGGGAGCUGGUCAAGAUCAUCGGCGUCAAGUACGAGCUGCGGCCGCCCUGCCUCUGCUGCCUGAAGCUGGGCAAGCUGGACGCCGAGACGGGCGCCGUCACCGGCGGCAGCUUCACCAUCAAGUACCAUGAUAUGCCGGACGUGGUGGACUUCCUGGUGCUGCGGCCGGCGUACGAGGCGGCCAUCAGCCGCACCUGGAAGCCGGGCGACCGGUUCCGCUCGACGAUCGACGACGCGUGGUGGACGGGCCGCGUGCUGGAGCGGCGUCCGCUGGACCCAGACGCGCCCGAGUCGCCGUUCCUGUGCUACCGCGUGGCCUGGGACACGGGCGAGUCGGAGCCGCUCAGCCCCUGGGACAUGGAGCCGCCCGACCCGAGCCACCCGUCUGACGACGAGAGCAGCCAGGGCAGCGUGCCGCUGACGGAGGAGGAGCUGCGCGGCGCCCAGCCCAGCUGGCGGCAGCGGCCCGAGGACUGGGCCGACGACGAGCCGCAGGCGCAGAUAGACCGCAUCCGACACUGUCUGGAGAGUGUCAUGCAGCUGGCCAUCGCCGAGCCGUUCCUGGCGCCGGUCGAUCUCAACCAGUACCCGACGUACGCGCUCAUCGUCGAGUACCCCAUCGACCUGUCGACGGUCAAGGCCCGGCUGGAGAACGGCUUCUACCGGCGCAUCACGGCCGUGCAGUUCGACGUGCGCUACCUGGCCUCCAACACGGAGAAGUUCAACCAGCCGCACUCGACGAUCGUGCGCUCGGCGCGCGUCAUCACGGACGUGUGCCUGGAGAUGAUCGGCGACCGCAGCUGCUGGGACCCGGGCCCGCUCUACCGGCGACACUCGCGCGCCGACGCCGGCAGCCGGCAGCGCGGCGGGCGCGCGCCGCUGCCGGCCGCGGCGGCGGCCACCGGCCGGCCGCGCGGCUUGCAGAGGUCGCCACGUGUCACCAGACAGAUCGCGAAGCGUCGCUUCGCCGACAAGACGUGGGUGGAACUGUGCAUGGAGCUGCUGGCCAACCUGUUCCGGCACGAGGAUUCGGUGCACUUCCGUGGCCCGGUGGAUCUGGACGCAUACCCGGACUACCUGCAGCUGGUGGACCACCCGAUGGAUCUGAGCUCCGUGCAGGAGGAGCUCGAGUCGGGCUCGUACGUCUCGCCGCAGGAGUUCUCCGAGGACGUGCGGCUCAUCUUCAACAACUCUAAGACGUACAACACCAACAAGCGCUCGACGAUAUUCACCAUGACGCUGCGGCUGUCGUGUUACUUCGAGGAGCAGAUGCGGCCCAUCCUGACGUACUUCGGCAGCGGCCAGCGGCCGACGCGGUCGCGUGCCCGCCACGCUAGCGACUCGGACCCGCAGCCGGCCCCCAGCCGACCUGGUUCGUCUCGCGUCCGGGCGCUGCAGGAGGGCGGCCGGCGGCAGAACGGCCUGGCGCACGACUCGGAUGAGUCGGAGGAGGAGCGGCCCCAUCGGCGGCGGCUGCCCGCCGUGCAGGAACCCGAGGACAACGAGGAGGAGGAGGAGGAUGAGGACGCAUCCAGCAGCAGCUCAAGCUCCAGCUCCGACCCGAACGACGAGGAUGCCGAGGAGGAUGAGGAGGAGGCUGAGGAGGAGGAGGAGAGUGACGGCGGGGCGACGGCCACGCCGACACCCGCGGCGCCGCGGCUCCGUUCACGGCCCGGCCGCUCCAACUACGCCGUGGACGAGGAUGAGGAGGAGCCGACGCCGCGCCGCCGGCACAAGCCCUCCCGCUACGCUCAGGACAGUGACUGGGACGCUGAGGCCGAGCCGCAGCCGGAGCUGCCGCCGCCGCCGCCGCGGCGGACGGGACGGGCGCGGCCGGUGACGACGCGCAGCUGGCGAUCCGUGCCCGACGACGAGGACGAGGAUGAGGACGAUGAGGAGUUUCUGCCGUCGAGUAGUCUCUCCAGGUCGAGCAGAAGUCGGUCGAAGAGGAGAUUGGACGCGGCGAGCAGCGACGGGGAGGCGGCGGAAGCGACCAGGAGCUCGCUGAAGAGGGCGAAACGGAAAAGACGACCGGCCGAGAGCGACGACUCGGAGGAAGAGGCGAGGUCGCCCCCAAAGAAAGCGGAGCGGAGAAGACGGCCGGCCGACAGCGACGACUCGGAGGAAGACGCGAGGUCGCCCCCAAAGAAAGCGGAGCGGAGAAGACGGCCGGCCGACAGCGACGACUCGGAGGAAGAGGCGAGGUCGCCCCCAAAGAAAGCGGAGCGGAGAGGACGGCCGGCCGAAAGUGAUGACUCCGGGGAGGCGAGACCUGCGCCGAAGAAAAGCAAGCGGAGGCGGCGGCCGGCAGAAUGUGAUGACUCGGAUGAGGUGAGAUCUCCGCCGAAGAGAGCCAAACAGAGGCGGCGACCGGCGGAAAGUGACGAUUCGGACGUGGUACGGUCUUCACCAAAACCUGACCACCGGAGGCUGCCGUCGGCGGCGGCGGCGGCGGACGGCGAGCCGGAGGCGGCGCCGAGUCGCGCGCUACGCCGGCCCGCUCGCCGCCCGGGUCGUGUACUCGUCUCAGGGGACGAGGAGGAGGAGGAGGAGGCGUUCAUCCAGAUCUGA